AUGCGCGCGGAGGAAUCGCAGGACUCCGGGUCCACGGGAGGAGCCCUGCGACACUCCAAGCUGAGCGCCUGGGGCAACAUGGUCGCACCUGUUGGCUUCGUUGCACAGGAGCCGCAGCUGCUGCAGGAAAAGUACACGGAUGAUAGUAUGAUCGUUGUGAUUGUCAUGAAUGUUGUGUCUGCGCAGAAACCCAAGGUUGUGGAGGGGAAGAAGUCGUUCAUGAGUAAAUUCAAGAAGGAUAAGGAGCCAUCUACCACCAAGGCUGUGCGGAUGCCGAGAUGUGAGUAUAAGAAGUUCUUUGCGAAGGAUAAGGAUGGGAAUUAUAUCGGGACGGAGGCGGAGAGGGAGUGGAUGGAGGAGAAACUGGAGGAUGAGUUUGGGCAGUAUCAGAAAGAGGUUUGA